GGUCAUUCUGACCCAUCAGUCAUUGUGACCCACCGUCGUAUUGCGACAAAUUUACCUCCUACAAAAACAAAGUGAAGCAUUUUCUUUUAACUGUCGGGCUGUCUCAGACCCCCCACAUUGCAAUGGUUAAAAGAAAAUAAUUGUUAUUUGUUUUUGUAUUGGGUAAAAUUGGGUAAACACAACGGUGGUUCGUUAUGAACCUUUGGGUCAUGUGACCCGAAGGCAGCACAAGGGUUAAUGUAGAAACAAACCCCUUUAGAACCAAGCACCAUAGAAUGCAUCUCUCUACCCAAUACUGCUGUUAAACUAAGAUCAACUCAGAGGUGUGAUGUCACUCUUCAGAACCAGCGGGGUGUCACAUGUCACAUGAUGUGUCACAUGAUAUGACACCCCGCUGCGCACACAGGAAGUCAGCUGAACAUCUCCCCUUGUCAUAACAUCUCCUGAACUGGGUUGCAUUUUCUGGUGUUUGGUUUUCAGCCUACCUUUUAAAGGGCAUUUGGAACAUGGUUUUCCCCAUGUCCAUCUUGACCUGCCCUGGAAUUUACACAGCAUUAAAACACAACACUACCAUGCCAGUAAAGCCUGAUCACUUAUCAUAAGGGGACAGCAUGGUUAGCCUGUGUAUUUUAUUUUCGAAGGGGCUUUCCUAAUAUCUGAAUGACUGGUUUUGCUUGUGGGAAUCUUCAGUGUCCAGUAUCACCUGUUAUAUAGUGUAGGCCUGGAAACCUAACUAUCAAUUCUACCAAGUGUCUGUUUUAAUAAAUUUUCAAACUUUUAAAACACUUUUCGGUUUUCCCUCUCUUAAGGCCAGGUGUGCAGGUUAAAAUCAGGUGUGGAAUUUUGAAUUGUUAAUUUUCUCGACCCUGGUGUUCAUUUCUUCUUUGUGCGAAGCUUGAAACCUUUUUGGUUUCUAGUCUCAUGGAAACACAUGAUCACUAUGGUGUGUUUCAAAAAUUAUGUAUGACUAAUUUUUUCUUUAUUUCCACUAAUCUCUCUUUUUCUUGCUCUUUGGUUGAUUAGACCCAGGAUAGGACAGAUAACAGCAAUCCACAUCCCCUCUAAUAUCCCACGUUGUUAUUUAUCUCACCUUGAGUGUUUGUGAACCACAUGGGAGAUAAAGAUUGUCCUAUUCCUUUGAAGUUUUGCAAAACACAGAUCAAACCCAUCAACAGGAAACACUGCUCAACUGCUAGAGUUGAGAAGGAACUCGGUGUUAGGCCUGCAUGACACCAUGCACAAUGCAUGAAAUUAUCUUACCAUACAGUAUCUGCUUCAAUCACCUAGCAACACAGGAAGUUUCACUUCUUGUUUCUCGGUUUCAAAACCCACGUUCUUGUCAGGUGUAAAGUUAAAGUCUUUAAACAAAUGCAUUUAAUCUGGUGAUGGUUGUGGCUAUGUCCUGCAUAGUCCAGCUGUUUGCAGCAAAGUGUAGUUAAGUACAUGUUUUCAUCAGGGGGAAAUGACAACACGGUGUCAUGCAUCUUUUCCCAGUGAUGCACCUGAUCACAAGGUGUCACAUGGUGGUGAGAUUUAUAGUAAAACACACAGAAGUCACAGUUUUAGAGGCGGGUGUGUGUGUGUGUGUGUGUGUGUGUGUGUGUGUGUGUAUUUCCCAUCAAAAAACCCUAAUCUGACACAUGCACAGCUAACUGGGGCGUAAUCAUGCGAAGCGGAAAACUGUUGUGUUCAGUCUUCAGGGUUUUCUCACAGGAAGAUAGCUGCUCUCCACAUAUCAUACGGAAAAUGAACAUUCUUUUUUGUCAUCUCAUCUUUGUCAUCGCAGGAUUGAAAGCACAGGCCUCUACGAAGGUCCAGUAUGAGUUGAAAGGGAACACAACCUGUCUGUGCUUUACAAAUUCUCUAAAGAACAUUACAGAGAUAAAAUGGAAAGUCGACAAUAACUUAAUUGUUCGUGACGGCAGUGUAACUAAAUCAUUCAUAGACAGGUUUCAGUACAACAAAGUGAACCACAGUCUGUAUAUUAGGAAUCUGACGGACACAGACACAGGUAUCUACAUUGUAACUACAACAUAUAAAAAUGACUCCGAAUUCACUAACAGCUAUAAACUGAUCGUGGAAGAAGCUGUAUCCAUGCCGGUUGUGAAGAUAACACCUUUCGACUUUAAUUCAUCCGCCGGAACCUGCAACAUGUCAGUCAACUGCUCCGUGGGAAGCAACUGGGCUGCCUUUGUCUGCGAUGACGACUCACAUGAUAGUCGGUGCAAGUUAUCGUCAUCAACCACCAACGUUUUCAUCAACAUCUCGAAGUUUAACGGGAAUGUUGAGUGUACCGGCAAGAACAACGUUAGCAUCAAGACGCUCUUACAGUCCACAAAUUGUCUAGGUGGAACUACAGCUCCUGCUGUAAUCUCACAUUCGUGGCCAGAUUAUUGGUGGUUUCUAUUGGGGGGUCCAGCCCUGAUAGCCAUUAUAGUGGUGAUAUUGAUUAUACUAAAGUGUCGGAAAUCUUUCAAAAAGUCACAGGAAACAACUCGACCUGCAAGUGAUAAAGUGAACGAUUCAACAAUGAGAGGACAGGAAAACCCAAGCACAGUGCAGGAACAUGCGCCCGUAGUGACAGUUGGGGUUGAAACCGAAGCAGAUAGGACCACGUCUGUCUACGACAUUGUUAGAGAUCAAGUGAACGGUCCUGCGGCGAAGGAGCCGGAAACUUCCAUCUACAGCACCAUACAGAAACACGGGUCAGCGGCGGUCUAUGAUGUGGCUAGAGUCUAAAAGUCAUUGCAGGCUCAAAGGCAGAGUGAAGGCAUCAACACCGGACAAGGCUGGAGCGGACACGAUAUAUUCAACUUUACAAGCCGUCUGCCCAGUGGAUGAGUGUGGGAGGUGAUCUGCAACAGGUGAACUGUGGGAGGUGAACUUCAGGAGGUGAUCUGCAACAUGUGAACUGUGGGAGGUGAACUUCAGGAGGUGAAUUGUGGGAGGUGAUCAGCAACAGGUGAACUGCGGGAGUUGAUCUGCUGGAGGAGCUACCAGUCUGAAGAACGCAAACCCCUGUUAACCCCAGACAGAGAUGAUUUAUGGUCGCACAGCGCCCCCAAGUGGACAGCAGAGAUAGACAGAAGGAUGUUGGUUUAGUAGUACUCAUGCUUUCUGCUUCUCCUGUGGGCUCCACCCUGCCUUGCGCACCUCAGAGCAUGUGCCUUGUUUCCCUUCAGUCCCUGCUGGGAGACAAUGGGAAUAACAUGAGGACUUCCUGUGCCUGUCCUCUCUGAGGUGAUGUAGUAACGCUUGUUUUACGGUUUCUUACCUAGAAACCUAAAACCACUUCACAUUACAAGUGCAUUGUGUUGCUGCAGUAAAACCACAAUCUGUAGUAACUACCAGUGUUAAAGUGUUUAAUGAUUCUAUUACUUAAUCAGCUUGUAUAUCAUAUGUAACUGUACACAGUAUAUCUAUGUGUUUAAUGUUUCUGUGACUUGAUUCUAUGUAAGUUGGUUCUUAAAAAAUAUACAAAAUAUAAACUCAAGUAUCCUUUCCACAUGCUUCCAUUUGCUUUGUUAUACUGAUUUUUUCAAUACUGAAUAUGUAGCACUGCUACACUGACCAUAUUUUUUGUUUCUACUAUGAUUUGAGUUCCUCCUUUGUGGAAAGAACAAUUACUGAUAAAUCAUCAUAAGUUCAAAAAGCGAGUCAUAACUAAUGAUACAUGAACAGAAUUAAGUUUAACUUUGGAGAUGACUCCUGCAAUGGUCCACAUUUGAUGUUUCUGAUGGAGGAUUUUAUGUAUAUCCAAACAGUGUCCCGGAUGUUGCAAUCGUAAUUCUUUGGACAUUGUCUCACUUAUUUGCUUCCAUAAAUAUCCUC